AUGGACACACACAGUGGCUUACUUCUAUACAUGAAGACCCAGACCGCAGCCUCUCCCUCUGCCAUGGCGACAGCGAGCCUGUCCAGCUCCAAUGCGCCGGAGCACGUGCAGAAGCACAUCAAGCUGCUCUCGGCCAGCGUCUCGGGCAAUGAGGACCGGGUCCUGGAGCUUCUCACCAGGGAGACCUGGACAUCGCACGCAGACCACCAUGCGCUCCGCCAGGCACUGGUCAAGAUCGCAACCAAGGGCAACCUCAAGGUCCUGCGCCUGCUGCUCGAGCACGGCGCGGGCGUCCACCCCAAGAAGGAUAACGAGCUGUCGCCGCUGUUCAAGGCCGCCGAGGCAGGGCACCUGGCCGUGACCGCCGAGCUGUUGGAGCGCGGCGCGGACCCCAACUGGCGCGGGAGAAACGGCCAGACGGCGCUGUUCCCAACCUGCAUGCGCGGGCACAACGGCGUCGUCAAGGCGCUCCUCGACAAGGGCGCCGACGUCAACGGCGGCAGGAACCAGGACGGCAAGCCCGGUGACAAGGACGGCCGCACGCCGCUGCUCUUCCUCGCCUCGGAGAAGCGCGGCAAGUGGACGCCCGAGACCAUCAAGCUCCUGCUGCAGCAGAGGGACGUCGACCUGGACCCGCGCGACGCCAUCAGCCGCACGCCGCUGCACUGGACGGCCACCAACAACUACAUCGACCUGGCGCGCGCCCUCCUCAGCGGCGAGUCCGGCAGGCAGGCCGACAUCAACGCGUCGCAGAACCGCGGCAAGACGGCGCUCCACCUGGCCGCGGAGCACAACCAGGUCGACUUUGUCGAGCUCCUGCUGGCCUGCGGCGCGUACCAGGAUGCCGUCUCGGACGGGCGGUGGACGCCGCUGCACAAUGCGUGCGACAAGGGCCACGAUGUGGUCGUUGCUAAGCUGCUGGCCGCUGGUGCCAAUGUCAAUGCUGAGCUGUCUAACCGAAUGACACCUCUGCAUUGGGCAGCUUUCAACGGGCAUGGAAAUGUCGUCAAGCUUCUUCUGGAAAGGCCUGAGACGAAUAUAUCUAUCAAAGACCAGUUCGAGCGGACUGCUCUACUCUGCGCAGCUGAACGGCACCAUAAAGAUCUUGUUCAUCUUCUCUCGCCUUCCAGGGCUCCACACAGGUUGUCCGAAAGCGCUCGAGAAGCCUCCAAGCUGUUCUCCGCGACUGUUGUCGACUUUGGUGAUUUCCAGGAAAUGAAGUAUCGAAAGGGCGACGUCCAGGAGAAGAAGAAGCAGUUAGUCUUCAAACCUUCGAUAUACGACUUGCUCUAUGGCUGGGAGGACAGCGAGAAGAACGUGCCAACUGUUCCAAUCCUGGCUAAGAACGUCAAGUGGGAACCGCACUUCAGAUGGAUUCACCUACCUGCCAACAAUAUUGCGUGGAUGGAGACUCUCCUGGCCAAGUCUUUCGUUGAGGGCGGGUUUCGCGACGUCGAAGGCUUCAAGGCUCUGGAGAAGUGUUUUGAUCAAGAGCACCGCGGGUUCCACCACCAUGCGAAAUUCAUGCGAACAUACUGUCAACGAGUUCCGAGCCGUCGUACGGAAAAGGAGGACGUUCCCCUGGGGAGCGUCUCUGAACAGGCGGCCGAGACGAAGGCGCCAACAGGGCCAGCAGUUGCGGAGUCCAUCAUAACAGAUACCUCGGAGAACAGCACUUUGAAGUCGGAAAUCAAGAAGAAGAGCAAGUCUGAGCAAAUUACUGAACGCCACCCAGGGAAACAGAAGCGUAAGAAGGGCAACCCCGGCAACCCGCCUGGUACGAAAGAGGCCAAGCUGAACAGCAGGCAAUCGUCUUUUGCGCCAUCAUUUGCAUCGACGGAAGCAUUCAGACAGCUUGUAAACAAUGGGAAGAUGGUGCUCUUUAUGCCCUUCCUCCACUACGAAACCCACGACCGGCGCCUAAGCAUGGCUGAGACCAUCCAGAGAGCUCGUACGGGGGGCAAGCCCCAGCGGAAUGCAUCGCGUGAUGAACUUCUCAUUCACGCAUAUGUCAAUAACCUACACCCCAGGCGGACGCUCGACCAGUUCUUCUAUCAUGGCAUUGACACCACACAGCGUGAUAAUGACCAGGUUGUUUGGAGAUACUGUCAAGAGCAUCGAAUGGAGCCAAAGGUGUUCAUGGUGGACCAGCUUUGGCUCUGGAUUCUCGGUGGCGAUACCGUGAUAACUUGUUUCCCUCAACGAUGGGAUCAGCCCAAGCAGGAUCCUCUCAACGUCAUUGACGGUAUAGUUGAGGAGACCAACGCAAAGACGAGGCCACCCAUCCAGUCUGUAUAUGACCUAGCAAUGGUGAUUACCGGAAGGGCAUCUGGCUUAUUUGAGUGCGUACUCUCCGGAUUGACACCCGUCAUAGCGCACGAGACGUGCCGGCAUCGACUAGACGAGCAACAAUUUCAGUUCCUGGAUAUGUUUGAGAGCAGCAUCGGGCAUGUGACCGACCAGGAGAGCCGACUAUUCAGCAAAUUCCACAAAGCUUCGGAGAAGUCGACACAAUGGCUCAAACGCUACCGCCGCGGUGUUAGCGGCAGCCAGCAUGAGCUCUCGGAUGACCUACUAAAUAUACACCAGGAGACGAGGCUCUUGUCAGAAAUAAAAGACAUACAAGAUGAGUUGAAUAUUAUAGCGGUGGUCUUGGACUCACAGAUGCUCGUGCUAGAAGAAUUCCACAAGAACAUCGCAGACGAGCUACGCCUGGAGGGAAGCCGCAAAACAACCGACGGCGUGAUCAAGGAGAUCAGGAGGCGUUUCCAAGAACAAGAACGUCUGCUUGAGGUCCACCAGAACGACCUCGAUCGGAUGGAUAGGCAAGCCCGCGGUAUACAUGGCAGCCUGACCAAUCUGCUGGAUCUGAAGCAGAAGCACUCAAACGCCCUGGAAGCGCGGUUCGCUCGGGAGCAGGCGAUUAUAGCCGCGAAGCAAGGCCAAACCAUCAUGGUCUUCACUAUCGUGACUAUCAUUUUCCUCCCGAUGUCGUUCAUUGCCGCUUUUUUCGCUAUCAACUUUCAGGAUUGGGGAAACCAUCUUACCAUAGGAUACGUGACAAAAUACAUGUUCGGAAUAGGACUGGCCAUCUCCUUCGUCUUUGUGUCCAUGGCCUUCCUCGUCCACGACGACAUCUCAGACGCUUGGGAAGUCACUAAUCCGGACCGCGAGAACCUAUCGCCACAGGAGGGCGAGGGCGACCAUCCGGACGACGUAUCGACAUGGACCGUGAGGGACAACAAGCCAGGUACCGCCGGCGCCGCCUCGACAGCUGCGUAUCGGUCGCAUGCGGACGAUGUGGAGUGGAAGAGGGGGGUGCUCGACGGCGCAGAUCAUUAUUCCAUGCGGAUGAGCCGCGACCGGGAUCGUUAUGACCACGCCCGCCUCGGGCUGUCUCCACUUCGGUACGGCGGGCGCAAGCUCAGCCUUGGCAGCGGCCACGGUGUGUCCCUGGUCCGGAGGAGUUUUGACGGUCGCCGUGGGAGGCCGAGUGGUGACCUUGAGAGGGGAAGGGAUCCUUCAAGAGUACGAUGA